AUGUCGCGCCGCACAGGACAGAUUUGGAGCCGACUCCGUAUGUUUUACACAAGGGAGCAACUCGAAAAAUGGCAGGACGCGAUAUUGAAAGGCGACACCAUCAGUACUGAGCGCACUGAAAACCUUAUUACUAUAAGCGGCCCAGUCCAUGCAUACUGGGAAAGGGCCAUCUGUGCCUUUCGCCCAAUCUCAGUUAACGAAGACAAAACCUCGAUGAACAUUUCUUUUCAUUGGCUACCUCUACUAGGCCGUAAGAAGUUCAAACAGACAGAUCUUCUUCAACUCACUGAGAACCCAUUGAGGAGAGAAGAGUACGAGUUUAAUGGUAGCCGUCCCGCAGAAGGUGUUAUGCUGUAUCAUCUGAAAGACAAAGUUGAAAUCUGCUCUGGGGAUAUCUUUACUAUCAGUACUGAUGACCCAGUCAAGCUGCCACUACCCUCGUGGGAGCUACUGAACCUACUAUGGCACUUAACUAGAAUCGGUGCAAUGCAAGGAGCCGCAGAGGAAGAAGACGAUGAGGAAAUCCGAUGA